AUGGACAAUUUCUCUGCAGGCACGCGCGGUGCGGCAUCUGCUGAGUAUUUCCUGGAGGCGGGCUAUGCGGUAAUUUUUCUUUCGCGCCAGUUUAGCCAAUUCCCUUACACGCGGCGGUACAGUCACACGACGAACCCCUUUUUUGACAUUUUGCAAGAGUCUAAACCCUGUUCUAGCGAUAUAAAGGUCCUGCACGAUCACGCUCCGAUGCUGCAGCCAGUGCUUCACGCUUACCACCAAGCGCUGCGCUCGGGCCUCUUGCUCCCAAUUUCGUUUGUGACCGUCGUAGAGUACCUCUUCUUCUUGCAGAUGAUCAGCAAAGAAUUGGCGGUGCUGGGCCCACAUGCAAUGCUUUACCUUGCUGCGGCCGUGAGCGACUUUUUCAUUCCGCGCGACCGCAUGGCAAUGCACAAAAUCCAGUCGAACAACGAGGCGCUGCAUGUGACGCUCGACCCAGUCCCGAAAGUACUCUCGGUCCUCGUGCAAGAUUGGGCACCCCAGGCAUUCGUAGUGAGCUUCAAGCUGGAGACGGACCCCGCGCUGCUCGUGCCAAAGGCGGAAAAAUCGCUGCAGCGCUACGGUCACCAGCUCGUGAUUGCCAACGAUUUACACAAGCGCAAGAUAGAGGUGCUGCUGAUCGAAUCCACUGUUCGCACUGCGUCGCAAGAUGGCUCGCCCCCAUUCCGACACACAUGGGUGCGCAUUCCCGCGGAAGAGAGCGGUGCUGAGCACAGGGAUGCGGCGCACUCUGCCGAGCCUGGGCAUGAAAUCGAGCACGACAUUGUCGCUGCACUGAACCGCAUGCAAAACACGUGGAUUGAGUGCACGGCUACUCAAUAA